CGGAGAAGGGGGGAGAAAAAAAAAGAGAAAGGUCUACACAGGAAAAAAGGUGGUCCCACUCCGAGAACACGGUUUCCAAGCGGGCGGUCUCAAUUUCAUACUUUUCUUCUCGUAUUGCUUCGUCUCUGUAGUGAUACAAACAAGUUUACAACCAUUAGUUCUGGACUCAGUAUGUUUAUGUUAGCACUUACCAUUGAGAUACUAUCUUUCUAGCCGGAUUAAAGUUUUAGAAAUGCGGUAAAAUGGAGAGAAGAGCAGAAACUGGAGUGAAGAGGCUGGCGCUGGGAAUCUCGCCUUCUUCCUCCCACCAUCGCCUGUAAGAAAAUCCCUCUGAAAGAUUUACUCUUGCAAAUUUCACACUGACUGGAUUUAAGUAAAUUCUGGGCUGUUGUUCAGAGGGGUAACUGACUGUGGGCCUGGACGUGUCCCCUCGUGGUGUUUGCCGGUGUGGCACUGCACCGUGCACUGAUUGGAUGCUGCCUGGGAGCUGAGGAUGUGCUGCUGGCACCAGGAAGGAAGGAUUUUGAUGUGAUGGGGUGCAGGACGAGCAAAGUCCUCCCAGAGCCACCCGCUGAUGUCCAACUUGACCUAGUCAAAAAGGUAGAGCCGCAUCAGACUGAUGUCUAUAAAAACUUCAUCAAAAGUGACAGUGGCGGGGAGAAAACAGGCUCGUCAUCCCCUCAGGGUCAAAGCCAGGCUACUGCGAAGGUGAGCCAGUCCCCUCCUCCAGUUAACAGCCAGCCUGAGCCUGCUGACCCACAUCGGAAAAAAGUAGCCAAAUACAGGGCCAAAUUUGACCCUCGAGUGACUGCUAAGUAUGAUAUCAAAGCUUUGAUAGGCCGGGGCAGUUUCAGUCGGGUGGUACGAGUGGAACACAGAAGCACACGGCAGCCAUACGCCAUCAAGAUGAUCGAGACUCGCUACCGUGAGGGCAGAGAAGUAUGUGAAUCUGAACUUUGCGUGCUGAGAAGGGUGCGCCACACCAACAUCAUCCAACUGAUGGAGGUGUUCGAGACGGCGGAGCGGGUCUACAUGGUGAUGGAGUUGGCCACCGGCGGGGAACUUUUCGACCGCAUCAUUGCCCGCGGGUCUUUCACAGAAAGGGACGCCACGCGGGUGCUGCAGAUGGUUCUCGAUGGGGUGAAGUACCUCCAUACGUUGGGCAUCACGCACAGGGACCUAAAGCCUGAAAACUUGCUUUACUACCAUCCUGGUGCUGAUUCCAAGAUUAUGAUCACAGACUUUGGCUUGGCCAGCACGCGGAAGAAAGGCGACGAAUGCCUGAUGAAGACUACCUGUGGGACACCUGAGUAUAUCGCUCCAGAGAUACUCGUCCGAAAGCCCUACACUAAUGCAGUAGACAUGUGGGCACUGGGAGUCAUCUCCUACAUACUGCUCAGUGGAACCAUGCCUUUUGAGGAUGACAAUCGCAUGCGCCUGUACCGACAGAUCCUCAAAGGAAAAUACAGCUUCUCCGGGGAGCCAUGGCCAAGUGUUUCCAACCUUGCUAAGGACUUCGUUGACCGUGUCCUCACGGUGGAUCCCAGUGAGCGUUUGACUGCAGGCCAGGCACUUAAACACCCUUGGAUUGUCAGCAUGGCUGCUUCCUCCUCCAUGAAGAACCUGCAGCGGUCCAUUUCCCAGAACCUCCUGAAGAGAGCGUCAUCACGCUGCCACAGCACCAAAUCAGCACAGUCCACUCGCUCCAGCCGCUCCACGAAGUCCAGCAAGGCGCGACGCGUUCGCGAGAAGGAGCUGCGAGAACUCAAUCGCCGUUACCAGCAGCAGUGUAAUGGUUGAGAGCGAGAACCAUGACUAACAGAACAACAAACAUCAGAAAGAGCAGAACAACAUUUAGCCUCAAUUUAGACGUCAGCUUCCUGCUCCAUCACCACAGAGCCAAUUAGCAGAAAACCUCCUUCUAAACUUCAUUCAUUUUCUAUUUUUCUGCUGUUUCUCUCUCGUUCAUUACCUUAUAUGUGAGUGUUUUAUUUAUUUAUUGUUGAUGUAUUUUCAUGUGUAUGUUGUCUUUGAAAUUUAUCCCCUUCAGCCUUUUACCUGAUUGUAUCUGUUGAACAGAAUUUUACAAAAGUUCCAGGAAGGACUAAGAAUACACCUUCCUGAUUUUUGCUGUGAAUUAUGUUACCCACCCGGGAGAUUGCUCUUCUGAUGGGGGAAAUAUGCUGUUUAUUCAUUAUUAGCAACAAAUCACAUGACCUUGUGAUAGUUUAUUGUUCCUUAAUAUCACUUUGAAAAUGAUGGAAAGGUAAGAAUAGUUGGUAAUUGCUUUUUGAAGUAACCACGUAUAUAUCACAUUUGUAAUGAUACACACAUUGUAAUCUCUUAAUAUUGCGGCUGGUUAGUUAUGAGCCUCAAAGAGGUUAGUUCACACAAAUCUAAAAAAAAUUCUGUCUUCGUUUACUCCUGAAAGGAGCAGAAAAUAUAUUUGGAAGAACUUUUUUUUUUUUUUUUCAAAGAGUCCAGUCAGUGGGGUUCAAAACAACUGUAUAGACUUUAUUUGUAUGGCCAAAAAAGAUUUUCAUAACUUUCUUUCAUAUUAUGUAGAAAUGAAGAAGUCAUACAGGUUUAGAAAUGACUUAAGGAAUAAUAAAAAAAAAAGAUAAUUGCAACUCUUUAUCUCACAAUUCUAACUAUAUCUCCCAAUUUGCGCUUGUUUUAUAACAUCUAAAUUGUGAGAUAAAAAGUUGCAAAUUCAGACUUUUUUGAACUUAUAUCUUUAUAUUAAAAUGUCAUUCUAUGCCAGAAACAGGCUUUCGUAUGAAGGUGAUAAAAAAUUGACUGAAAUCAGAUUUUUUUCAUUUUUUUGUAUCAAAGAGCGCCACGUUGCCCAAUAUCUGUUUAUCCUGAAUGGGAAACAAUUGUCCCUUCUUCUAGCCUUUUCUGCAACCCUACUAACAUGGACCCUAAUGUUAAUAUCAGCUGUAAAAAAAACCCGGUUGGAAAAAUACACAGAAAAAUAGUCCAAGACUUGGCUUUAAGUCUUUAGAUUUGGUCAGUGAACGAACCUACCGUGAUUCUUGACUUCUUCUCUUGGAUCUGUCUGUACAUGUGUUGUAGUAAUUAAUCAUACUAACUGAUAUUGAUUGCUCUCUCAGCAUGGGCAGCCAGUAUCGGGAAGCCCUGAAUCAGAAUCGGUUACUUUCUCUGUCACCAGCUGUUGUGCCUUGAGCAAGGCACUGAACCACCAUGAAGGCCUUUUGGCAGCCCUUUCACUCUCACCCCCCUCUGAUAGAAACUAGUAGAGAUGUGCCAAAGAAAUUCCUGUGUGCCUGUAUUAACAAGGAACAUUUGGUGAGAUCUGAAAUAUGAUUCCCCAUGAAAAUAAUUACUGUUAAAACUGUGAUGACAUGAGGACUUCUCAAAACAUCUUCUUAAAUCUGUUCUUUGUUUUUUUAUAUAUAUAAAAUAUUUGAUCAAAUAAUUAAGGUGAAAAGGAAUUUGUGUAUUUGAGUUGUGUCCCGUUUCACAGCAACUGCCUUGGAUUUGUUUUACAAGUAAUAGUACGAUCACAUUGGAAACAGUAUUUGAGUACAGAAAUAUUCUUGUUUUUGGUUUCUUACACAUUCUCUCACUUUUAAGCUUGUGUGACUUUUUGGUUACAUUUAUUGGUUAAACUCAACCAUUUUUGAGGGUUCACAUGUGAGUAUUAAGGCUGUCAUACAUGUUCAUUUUAAUUCAGUAGAAUCCGCUAAAAUAUUUUAUUAGAAAUAAAAAAAAGACUUUGGGAAGACCACUGUUUGUAUAUGCCUUUAUACCCCAAAUAUUUUUCUCUCAAGAAAAAAAGCUAUUUUAUAUGUGCUUGUUAAAAUUAAUCUGAUCCUCUAGCAUGCCAAAUUGAGAAAAGAAAAUGUUCUUAAAAGUGCAAAAAUAUAUUUUUUAUUUAGUGUAUCAACAACAUUAAUGUAAGGAGUGUUUGUUUGUAGCUGCAGUUGAAAUAAAACUGCAACUGUUGUCCAUUUGUUGAAUUCAAGCCAACACUGUCUCUUGAAAGUAAGUGUUUCAUUCCUUCUUAUUAAUUUGAAUAAAGAACAAUUAUAGAAUUCUU